AUGUCCACACAAAUCACGCGUAAAGAGUUCCUCGAAUAUGUCCGGGCCUUCAACGCUCACGAUUUCGACAAGCAGUACAGCUACUACGACGAUGACGUGAUACUCGACUUACCAGACCCCCAGACUGGCAAGUUACGGGGCAAAAAGGGUAUAAUGGCUCACUACGCACCCCUAUUUGAAGUUGCGGAAGAGGUCCUUGUACCCAUGCACCUGGCCGUCGACGGCGACAACAUCUUCUAUGUAAUGGAGUCCUAUUUCUGUUACAAUAAGAAACUCGACCAUGGCGUGUUCGGUUAUCCGGUAGAACCGGGGGAUAUCAUUAAGAUUCGAGUAUGGGCGCACUACCAAAUCAAGAAUAAGAAAAUGUACUACAUUACCUGUAACCUAUUCCAAAAGUGGUUUUUGGGAAAGGUUUCACUGAAGGAAGCUGUUGCGGAAAGCAGGACGAGGGCGGAUGACGAGUUUAAAAGUUUCACGUAA